AUGAAGACUUCAAUCGCCCUCAACCUCUCGGUGCUGCUCUGGUCUGCGCCAGCAGUCCUCGCCCAGUGCGCUCUCCCAUCGACGUACAGCUGGACAUCGACAGGACCCCUGGCUCAGCCCAAGUCGGGAUGGGCCUCCCUCAAGGACUUCACGGUCGUCCCUUACAACAACCAGCACCUGGUGUAUGCCACGUACCAUGACAUGGGCACCACCUGGGGCUCGAUGAACUUCAACCUGUUCUCCGACUGGUCCGGCAUGGCCUCAGCAAGCCAGAACACCAUGACUUCAGGAACCGUCGCGCCGACCCUAUUCUACUUCUCGCCCAAGAACGUGUGGAUUCUGGCGUACCAAUGGGGUCCCACGACCUUCUCCUACCGGACCUCCAGCGAUCCCACCAACCCCAACGGCUGGUCCUCCGCCCAACUGCUCUUCUCCGGCUCCAUCACCGACUCAGACACCGGCGCCAUCGACCAGACCGUCAUCGGCGACGACACCAACAUGUACCUCUUCUUCGCCGGCGACAACGGCAAAAUCUACCGCUCCAGCAUGCCCAUCUCCCAAUUCCCGAGCUCCUUCGGCACAGCCUACGAAAUCAUCCUCUCCGACUCACGAAACAACCUCUUCGAAGCCGUGCAAGUCUACACGGUCGCCGGCCAAACCACGCCAACGUACCUGAUGAUCGUGGAAGCCAUCGGGGCAAAUGGGCGGUACUUCCGCUCCUUCACUGCCGACAACCUGGGAGGACAAUGGACACCGCAGGCUGCGACGGAGAGCGCGCCCUUUGCCGGCAAGGCCAACAGCGGCGCGACGUGGACAGACGACAUCAGCCACGGCGAUCUCGUCCGCAGCACUGCAGACCAGACCAUGACCGUUGACCCGUGCAACCUGCAGUUCCUGUACCAGGGGCGUGACCCGAACGACACCCCGGCUGACUAUAACCUGCUGCCGUACAGGCCGGGGUUGCUGACGCUGCAGUGA